UAAAUUUGAAUGUUUUUCUAGGAAUAUUUAAUUUUCAUUCGUAUGUAAUGGUUUAAUUUAUUUCUUUUGUUUGUUGUUGGACUAUAAUUAAUUUGUAAAAAUAGUUUAAAAGCAAUAUCUGUUACCUAACUUUGCAACUGAUUUUUAUUAAAUUUUAUUAUUUUAUUAUUUACUUAGUACGUAUUAAAAUGUUUUACUUAGAAUAAAAUUCUAAAAUGGGAGAAGUUGAUUUCUUUCGAGAUACCUGGGUGCGAUAUUUGGGAUAUGCCAAUGAAGUUGGUGAGUCGUUUCGCCCUCUAAUUCCUGUGAAGGUGGUGAGAGCAAGCUACGCUGUUGCAUUUGCUUAUGGUCUUGCGGAUACUGCGGACAAAAGUUGGAAUACUUAUAGGAAAGAUGGAAGACCAAAAAGAGUAUUGGUGGAAACUGGAGAUGCAUUCAUUUGGCAAACUCUUGCAUCAGUUAUUAUACCGGGCUUCACCAUCAACAGGAUAUGUGCCGUAUCCCAAAAUUUGUUGAAAAACAAAGCUCCUAAAAUACCACCGACUCCGAGGAAUUUGAUAACGGUCGCCAUUGGCUUACUCUCCAUACCCAUCAUAGUGAGGCCCAUAGACAAGGGAGUUCAUAUCCUUAUGAAUUUGACUUACAGACGAUGGCUACAGGAAUAGUCGUCCUAACCCUUAUAUUGUAAACAGGUGUAUGGCAUUAUUGAAUUUGUAGGCGAUCUAAUUAAAAAGUAGGUUUGUAGAAUAUAGGUUUCAUCUGCGAACAAAAAAAAAUAAUGAGAUUGUCGUUUGGCAGCUGUCAAAUGUCAUUCCUUCUCUGGAACAUUUAAUUAGGCUUAGGCCGCACUAUGCGGUUACUAUUACUAAUAGAGCGGUUAAGGCUGGGGACCGAAUCAACGGCCUUGAGGAAUCGAGCGGAGCUAGGUUACCUAUCUCGCACAAGAUCGCCAUUUUUGAAAUUCAUAAUUAAAAGCAUUUUUAAUUUAUUACAAAAAUAAUACAAUUUUCUUUACAAAAAUAACAAAACUAUGUCUUGUUAAAUAGUAUUGGUAAACAGUAAAUUAAUUUUCAUGCAAUUAGAAUUCAAUAUAUAACAUAGCUCCAACUGUAAAAAUUAAGGAUACUUUGGUGAAUUUUUUCGCAAUGUCUAUUUAAGAUAGAUAUAUAAUUAUUUUUUGUAAUAGUAAAAACUUUCCAUAAACCGUUAAGAAAUGGUUUCAAUUAUGCGCUAUUUUGGCGAUUUCUUGGGAUAGCGGCCUUAACACCACGGUUAUAAACCGCGAAACUACGCGCAAUUUUCACAGUUUGAAGAUGGAAUUAAAAGAGCAAUAUAUUGUUGCUUUGGUAUCUACUAAGAAACAGAAAAAAUAUAUAUCAACGAAAAUUUCGAAAAUAUCGCUUGAAUAAUUUUUUUGAUUUAUUAUAUAUACUCACGGACCAGUAAAAGAACAAGGACUCCGCGCCGUGAUAUUAGCAAGUGAAGCACCUUUAUGCUAGUGUGUGUGCGGUUACGGGGUAUACCAGUUACACAAUUUUUUCUCCCUUAGAUAAUCAUAUAUCCACAAAUACUUUGUUUUUAUACGUUUUUACAACGCAUAACGGCAUUUUGAAAAUAUUUUAUUGCAACGCAAACUAAUCUGUCACAGACGAUGGCAAAUCUCAUAAUGGCGGCCGAUCGGCUUGUAUUAGUGUAAAUGUGUGCGUGGGGCUAUGUAUUUACAAGUUUACCGACUUGUUUUGAUGCCUCACUGUUAUGUAAGGUGACAUGGAGUCCUUUUUUUUUUCUCGCCCGUGUAUAUACUAUAUAUAUUUACAGCGGGAAUUAACAAGACGUGCGGCCGCUUGUAUUCAUUUUCUUGUUUCAUAAACUCACACGGUUAAAAACUGCUGCGGUUUAACAGUAGUGUGGUCCAAGCCUUAGAUUGAAUACAAAUUGAAUAAUGUUAAGAGUUGUCACGCGCAAAUUUGGAAUUGCUUGUUUUUUUUUAGUUAUACUGCGCAACAGGCAAUGGUUUUUUAGUUUUAUAAUGCUUUACGAUAAUCUGUAUUGUAGGGAUUUUUUCCCUCACAUCAGACAAUAGGUAACUGUAAGCAGCUCACGUUACAGUAAUAAUUGAAUGGAUAUUGUGAGAAAUUCCGUUCGAGGGAACUGAGGCAUUGUGCGACCGUUAUAGAAGAAAUUUAUUUUCGCUGUGCGCACGAAUUUAGAAUAGUUCUGAAUAGUUCUACUGGUAUGAGACAUCGCAGUAGCGAGAGUUUUACAUUAGUAGGAUACUUAUUUAUAUUAGAUCAAUUAGCAACGAAAAACUAUAAAACAAUGGAUAGAAAUUGUAGAGUAUAGAUAGCCCAUAGUAGAAGCUUUCCAUGACAUAGAAACCUACUUAAAAGGCAUUUAUUUUCUCAAAAUUGAUUUCUUUAGAAUUCUUUUUGAUGUCAUUUCUAAUAUACUAGAUACAGUAACCGCUUCGGAAACAAAUGGCGCUCUGAGAUAGAAGAAGCGGCGCAAGAUACUCUUCCAACAUUCUUUUUUGCGCUCUUUUUAAUAAAAAUAUACAAUAUUCUACUGACAAAAUACAAUAUUGUACUGUCACAAAAUUUAUUUAAAGUCGUAACAGCGCUGAUUUGAUUUCAUAUACGCAUCAAACAACCGGAAAAUAAUAAACGACAAGGUGAGAUACGCCGUACCCACUACUGCAGUGCUGUUUAGGAUUUUUGACAGCUCAAAAUUCAGAGCGCCGCGAUUGCACUCGUCACCGUGAGACAUUAGAAUCUCGAAAUCUCUCAUUUCAAAGCAAUGCAAUGGCACAAACGCAAAUCCAAUAAACCACGAAUAAAAUGAAGGUAAUCUCAACGUAAUUUUCGUUUCAAGUUUAAGAAUAACGAGAUACAAAGCAUUGAAUGCAACAAUGAAACGAGGGCAAACAUAAGGUACACAAUUGGAUGUAUUUCAUAAAAAAACGUACGAAGCCACAAACAUAACAUUUUAACACCCACACACACACACACCCAGGCACACACACACACACACACAUACAGAGUGCACUUUUUGACCUUUCGGUUCAUAUUGCUAACCAUAGAAUGUAAAUUGGUUGCCUACAGGACAGGCUACGCCUAGUGUAGGUACCAAAUAUGA